UGGUGGUAGUCUGUGACGGGUUCAAUCAUAAUUUUGACUAUAAAAGCCGGCACCGGCCGCAACUAGACGCAUAGUGUACUUGGGUAGUUCAUCCGAGUAGCAGCAUCCGCGGCAUAGCGUUUAGUAGUGCGUAGCGUCAUCUAGUGCCCUUGCUAGUGAAUCCAGUGCCCAGAAGGAGAAUGUUGAAGAAAACGAUCGUUCUGAGCUGCCUGGUCGCGGUGGUCCUUUGCUCCGGCGACCUGGAGACGGCUGAAACGGGAUGGGGUGGUGGCGGCGGCGGUGGCUGGAGCAGCGGCGGCGGUGGUGGUAAGAAGGUGAUCAUCAUCACGUCGGGCGGCGGCGGCGGCGGUCAUGGAGGCGGCGGCUGGAGCGGCGGUGGCCGUAGCCUCGGUGGAGGAGGCUGGUCCAGCGGAGGCGGUGGCGGAUAUGGCAAGGGUUGGUCCAGCGGUGGUGGAUCGUAUGGAGGCGGCGGCGGUUACUCGCAGGGCUGGCCAAGCAGCAGCAAGGGAUGGUCCAGCGGUGGGUCCUCGUUCGGUGGCGGCUAUGGAGGUGGCUACGGAGGCGGCAGCCUCGGAGGUGGCCACUCGGGCGGCUGGAGCUCGGGCGGAAGCAGCCUCGGUGGAUGGCCGUCGGGUGGCGUCAGCAAGGGUUGGUCGUCGGUCGGUAGCGGUGGAUACGGCGGCAGCCAGGGAUGGUCGUCGGGUGGAAGCGGCGGAUACGGCGGUGGUAGCCACGGAUGGUCGUCGGGCGGCAGUGGACUGGGUGGUGGAUACGGCGGCGGCAGCGGUGGUGGCUGGAGCACGGGCCGCAGCCUGGGAGGAUCGGGCGGAUGGUCGUCGGGAGGGCUGAGCAAGGGCUGGCCAUCGAGCGGUGGCAGCAAGGGCUGGUCGUCGGGAGGCUACGGCGGUGGAAGCGGCUGGUCGACCGGAGGAAGCGGAUGGAGCGGUUCCAGCGGCUGGUAGGCGCUUGCAGCGUACCCGAAAAUUAGCAACCCCUCAACUGCCCCCUCACACUGUUACGACACAGUUCUUGUUGAUAUCUUGAAAUAAACAGCAAUACA